CGGCUCUGUUAUAAAACUAGAGUCUCUUUCACCUUUGGGCACUUGAUGAGUGCAAGAACUGCUGUUGAACUCAUCACAUCAUGACGGUGAAAACAGAAACAGAAAAGCCGGCCCUGACCUACUCGAAAUCGAGAGGCCUAGUGGCGUUAGUCACCGCUUUUAUGAAACAGAGGAGGAUGGGUCUGAACGACUUCAUUCAGAGGCUUGCCACAAACUCCUACGCCUGCAAGCAUCCUGAAGUUCAGUCCAUUCUGAACUUGAGUCCUCCUCAGGAUGCUGAGCUCAUGAACACAAACCCCUCUCCCCCUCCUAGUCCAUCCCAACAGAUCAACCUCGGUCCAUCCUCCAACCCUUCGGCGAAACCCAGUGACUUCCACUUCCUCAAGGUGAUCGGCAAGGGCAGCUUCGGCAAGGUCCUGCUCGCACGCCAUCGCACAGAUGACCAAUUUUACGCAGUCAAAGUCUUACAGAAAAAGGCCAUCCUCAAGAAGAAGGAGGAGAAACACAUCAUGUCAGAGAGGAAUGUGCUGCUAAAGAAUGUCAAGCACCCGUUCUUGGUGGGCCUGCACUACUCUUUCCAAACAGCGGACAAACUCUACUUCAUCUUGGACUACAUCAAUGGAGGAGAGUUGUUCUACCACCUACAGAGAGAGCGCUGCUUCCUCGAACCCAGAGCAAGGUUCUACGCAGCAGAGAUCGCCAGCGCACUGGGCUACCUCCACUCCCUCAACAUUGUCUACAGAGACCUGAAGCCGGAGAACAUCCUGCUGGACUCACAGGGACACAUCAUUCUUACAGAUUUCGGCCUGUGCAAGGAGAACAUUGAACCCAACGGGACGACAUCGACCUUCUGCGGUACGCCGGAGUAUUUAGCUCCUGAGGUUCUACACAAGCAGCCGUAUGACAGGACAGUAGACUGGUGGUGCUUAGGAGCUGUUCUCUAUGAGAUGCUGUAUGGCUUGCCUCCGUUCUACAGCCGUAACACAGCGGAGAUGUACGACAACAUCCUGAACAAGCCACUGCAGCUGAAACCCAACAUUUCCAACGCAGCCAGGCACCUGCUGGAGGGCCUGCUGCAGAAGGACCGCACUAAGAGGCUGGGCUGCACUGAGGACUUUAUUGAAAUUAAGAACCACAUAUUCUUCUCCCCCAUCAACUGGGAUGACCUCAAUGCCAAGAAGAUCACCCCUCCCUUCAACCCCAACGUGACGGGACCCAACGACCUGCGGCACUUUGAUCCAGAGUUCACAGAUGAGCCAGUACCCAGCUCAAUUGGCUGUUCCCCAGACAGCGCGCUCGUCACGGCCAGCAUCAAAGAGGCUGCCGAGGCCUUCGUGGGCUUCUCCUACGCCCCAUCAAUGGACUCUUACCUAUAGGAUUUAAACACAGGCAGUCAAUAUGGACACCAAUUCAGACUCACAGGACAUGAACUGUAGCGUGUCCAUGGACUUGCAUCUUGACCCCACCUUACAUUUCCCAUCAGGAUGGUGGAUAUUUCUGAACCAAACCCUGCAACGACUCUGCAUCUGCAAUUAAUUUACACGUGUACUUGCCAUGAUCUCUCCUACUCUUGAAUGCAUUUAAGAAGACUUGCUACAAGAGGAUACCUGCCAUAAUUAAAUGACUGAAUGGGGUUGUAAUCCUCCACCUUACCCUGAUUUACCAACGCACAAAUUCUUCAACCACAACAGACACAAAUGCUCUGCAGCCUUCAAUUGCCCAUCUCCUACCCAUUAGUGGAGGUCCUUUGCACAUAGCUCAGGCAGCUUAAAAGCCCACCUCGACCCUGAGGCCACAACCGACAAGCACAUACACAUCAAUUUCCACCUUUUCUCAAAAGAGGAUUGCUGGAACGUACUGUAUAAGCCCUAAUAAUGAUUUCCACCUCUCUCCACACCUCUGUAGCGAGACGUCUUCUCUCAUGAGAUUCUGUCUGACCACCCAUGGGGACCUACCUGUUGUAUUUAAAUGAGUAGGUUGGAGAUGACAUUCAUUUUGGUGCUUUUAGUUUCUUAUCAUUUGCUUUCUGUGUGUUUGAAAAGGGAGUCAUUUGAAGCUGAAUGUUACAGAGGGGGAUGUUUUUAUGUGUGUGGUUUUUUUUUUUUUUUUCUCAAAUGUGCCUUUACUUUGUUUUCUCUCCAUCAAAAUUCACAUCUUUUGGGUUUGCCUGUAUCAUUCUUUAUGUCACAGCGCUUCGUCCACUCCACACCUGACUGCAGGUGGGAGGAGCUGUCACCAGAGAGGAACGAUGUAGCACUAAAUUAAUACACCUGUCUAUCUUUAACACGCGAGAUGUAGGAACUCAAAGGAUGUUUCAUACCUUCAUUUGCACAGAAAACAAUUGAUGGUAAUGCUGAGAGAGGGAGAGAGAGAGAGAGAGAGAGAGAGAGAGAGAGAAAGAGAGAGAGAGCACUGCUGCUAGGUGAGAAAGACAGUGAUGUGUUCAGACAUGUUUGUGUAGUCCUGCUUGCCAAAGCGUCCCCCUCAUAUAGUCUUCCAUUGGCCUCACAAUAAUGAAACGGCGGCCUUCAGCUGGGCCGACAACAUAGAAACUGAACAUUCCAUUUUAAUAUUGCUGUAAUGCAGUUUGACGGUAUUUAAGUUUGUUUGUAUAUUUGGAGUCAUGUAUUAGUUUUAAUGUAUAUUGAAUAAAAAAAUGACUAAAGGUAUGCUUAAAUAUAUGUAACAAUUCAUGUUAAAUGUACUGUAAAUUGUAAAAUUGAUUUGUGAGUAUGUUUGUUUGCAAUAAAAGUUUAACUUUAUUAUACCUUA